AUGUCUCAGGCGGCGUACGACGGCCAGUGGCUUCGACUGCCACCACAGGCUCUCCUUCUGCACAUUGCAAGUGGAGAUCAGAGUCCGAGGCCGAUCAAAGAGGCCCCGGAAACCGUCAGGCUCAAGACCCGAGUUCCACCCAGCUGUUCGGAGGUGGCACGCAGACCUCAUGGCUGCGUGCACCAGGAGCAGGAGCGAUUCAGGUCAGGUGCUUCGUCGGGCAGGCCUUUGAAAGCCCACCGGCUCCUGGCGCUGCUCCCCCUAGCAGCGGCGCGCUACGCACCGCGAAAUGUGCGGCGUGGCUGCCGACUGAGGGCAGCCCAGGCCGACACCAAGCUCGAUCUCACCCAGGUGGAGGAGAGGUGGGGCGAAGCGGAGACCAUCGGCAACGCCCAGGAGAUGGCCCAGGUGUGCGCGCUCCUCUGCUGCGUCCAGCGGCAACUGGGCUACAUGGCCGCCCUGCACGAGGGCAACGUUGGGGCCGGCGCAAUUGUGAGCCAGGCCCCCGCACUGCCCUUGGUUGUCAGCUGGGAGGGCCCAGGCGGCCUCGAGGAAGGCUAUGGCACGAGCUUCGCCGUCAAUGGGGACGCAACGGACUCAACGCUGCUGGAGCAUCUGCUGAAGUGCGUUGAUCGGGCGGGCUUGGAUCGACGGUUUGGGUCACCGGCAGAGGAGGUCGUCCAGGAUAUGAAGGCGAAGGUCUCCCUGCUGCGGACCUUCACGGACAUCUCCGAGACGCCUCAGGACUGGAGCCCGGGGACGCACGGCCUGUGGUAUUCGGAUGGCCAGGAAGCCAAGGUGGUCUACCUGCCCCAGGUCGCGCAGGAAGUGGUCAACGGCACUGCGUCCCAAAAUGCAGCCCAGCGCCUCUUGGCCAUCGUCCGCCGCCGAUCUGGCGGGGCUUCGAGCGAAGACGAUGACCUGGACGAGGAAGAGGAGGAGGAGGAGGAGCUUACAAUCCCGGAGGGCCACGCGCUCUACCGCUUUGAGACGGUUCAAGGCGAGUGCCCGAUCUCCACCUUGCCGCUGCUGCAAACACGGAAGAUCUUGGAUGAGCAUGUCCGACAGCUGCUCAUCGCCAAGGCGCGAAUCUCGCAGGGUGAGGACAAGGGCAAGCGGGAGGGGGCCGCCCCGCGCUUCGCCCUCCUGGGACGAGACGACCAGAACGUCGCAGCGAUCGUCGUGCCAACACAAGGCGCCUAUGCGAACCUCAGCGAGCCCUUCGCGCAGCUCGCCGACCCGCCGACGGGGCUCGGGGAGGUUCAGCGGCUUUUCGUGCUGGCACCUGUUUGGGAUUGUUACAUCGAUGGCUGCGGCAUACCGGAACAGCGCUGUGCCUGGUAUGGCAGCAUGCCCUUGGACAUCCCAUUGUUGGAGCAGUUCCGAACCUCAAAGGCAUUUCAGGUCGUGACUGUUGAGCAGGACCAGCGCGAGCGUUGCAUCGAAGCACUCCUGCCUUUUGUGCAGAGCUGCGUCGGCGAGGACCAGAAAUUCACGCUGGUGCCUAUCCUGGUGGGUGGGUUGAUGACGGAAAAGGCCGAGCAGUACGCCUCGCUUCUCUCGCCGUACCUUGCCGAUCCGCGCAACCUCUUCAUCAUCGGUGGAGAUGUGGAUACGCUGGGGGAACAGUUCGACUGGGAAAGAUAUGCGGACAUGUCUGGUGGCCCAGAACGUUUCAUGAUCGAGGCGCCAAAGUUCAUCAAUCGCGCAGAGCAGGUGGUUCCCGUUUUCAGUGCCCUGGAGCUCUUCUUAUCCAUCCUUGCCUCGGCUCCCGAGAGAGAGCAGCUGAGCCUGAACCGCUACUGGUAG